UAUAUUAGAUAGAUAAAUAGCAUUUUUUCUAUAACAUUUUCUAUUUAAAUAUAUCUUUCGUACAUUGCAAUAAAAAUACAGUAUUAUUCUCUUCUAAUUCUCUCGAAAUUCUAAUCCUCUUCAACUUCUCUUCUAAUCUCGCGCAACAGUGUAAUAAUAUUUCAUUCAACGAUUGGCUGACGGCCUAGCAACAGAAGACGAUCACGGAGACAAGGAAGCCGCAGUGCUGCCACCUGUCCCAAGAACUCAGGUGGCGGCAAACUACUUCAACUUCCUCCGUCUCCCCGACCGCCUCAUCCGACCACUAGCAACACAUCUGGCGCGUCUGUCAUAUUCCCAAUUCCCAGAACGCUCACGACUCACGACCGCCGCGAACGUCGAGGAAAAACGAUACACAAGUAAUGCGAGAUCGAUAGAUCGUCGGUGCAUCACGCGGUGCUCGGUGAGAGUGUCGUCGUCGUCGUCGUCGAGCUGCGAUCGCUGACGAAAUUGGGCGUGUGUCACGUAUGGAAAGGCUGUCUCGUCGGUGGUGAGGAUACGCGGGCGUGCGCAUGCGAGAACAAGCACGCAUGGUGGCUUUUUGACGGGUCUCCGUGACUGCUCGGACCGCAAUGGCGACGGUGCCCGACGGCUCGCCUACUUUCUAAGCUCGCCGAGGUGAGAGACCUGUCGUUACGUUCUUCCGAUGGAUGGGCUAUCGGGCUCUGUGUAAUUAACGAUAACGCGUCGAUACUGCUGGACACCGCGCCGAAUCCGGAGAUAUUAUUAUUAAUCGUGGACAGGCCGAGUCGCGGAUACAAUCUCGCGCAUUGCUUUCCACGGCGAUGCAGGCCCGCUGUUGCAGUUACAGGGUGUCGCAGCGGGAGACCGGAAUACCCGUAGAAUGCGCGGAACCGCCCCGGGAUUUUCCCUCGCGGAUGUGAUCCUUUCCCCUCGACUCGCUUCCUCCCGCGAUAUCCAGCCGACAGUUCCGCCCGUUCUGCGGUCGCCGUCAGGACACGGACACAGCUGACGGAUCUCGUUCGAGAUCACAAGCUUGCGGAUCCAUCGGGGAAUGGACCAUCGGAUCGAUUCACGACAGUGACUCCGCGCGCGAUUCAGGCUCGACGCCUACGUAUCUCAGCGAUUUUUCGCGGCGACGGACAAUUGUGAAACUGACGAACCUAGCGUCGCUGUUAAACUGCACAAUCUCGGCGCAGCGAGCGUGCACGCGGGUUAGAUGUGAGGUGGAGGACAGCGUGCCUCGUGGAUAGCGGAAACAUCGAUCUCUACUCGAAGACGGAAACGGAGACGCGUCGAACAUGGGAAACUGCUUCAGCAACCCGACGGACGUCGAGGAGAAGAAGCAGGAGAGAGACAGAGGUAACCCGAGCAUAGAGACGGUCACCUCGCAGACCAGCCCGGUACCGACGCCGCCACCGGACCCCAUGAGGCCGAUGCCGCAGAUCCCGGACACCGAUGUCACCACCGCCAAGAUAUUCGUCGCACUUUACGACUACGACGCUCGCACGGACGAGGAUCUGAGUUUCAGGAAGGGUGAGCACCUGGAGAUACUCAACGACACGCAGGGCGACUGGUGGCUGGCGCGGAGUAAAAGGACCAGGCAGGAGGGCUACAUCCCCAGCAAUUACGUGGCCAAGUUGAAGUCGAUCGAGGCCGAACCAUGGUAUUUCAGGAAGAUUAAGCGAAUCGAGGCUGAGAAAAAGUUGCUACUACCGGAAAACGAUCACGGCGCGUUUCUGAUAAGAGAUUCCGAGAGCCGACACAAUGAUUACUCCCUUUCAGUGCGCGACGGUGACACGGUGAAGCAUUAUCGUAUUCGUCAAUUAGACGAGGGUGGUUUCUUCAUUGCCAGGCGAACCACAUUCAGGAAUCUACAGGAUCUCGUAGAGCAUUAUAGCAAGGAUGCGGAUGGGCUCUGUGUCAAUCUGUGCAAGCCCUGUGUGCAGAAACCCGUAACGGAAGGCCUUAGUCACCGUACGCGGGAUCAAUGGGAGAUCGACCGUUCGUCGUUGAAGUUCCUGAGGAAGCUGGGACAGGGUCAGUUCGGCGAGGUGUGGGAAGGUCUGUGGAAUAAUACAACCCCAGUGGCGAUAAAAACACUCAAGCCAGGCACCAUGGAUCCGAAGGACUUCCUGGCCGAGGCGCAGAUCAUGAAGAAACUCCGACAUGCCAAAUUGAUUCAGUUGUACGCCGUGUGCACGAUGGAAGAACCGAUCUACAUCAUCACAGAACUGAUGAGGAAUGGCAGUCUUUUGGAAUAUUUACAAGGUAUGCAAGGGAAGGGCAGAGGUCUAAAAUUGCAGCAAUUGAUCGACAUGGCUGCGCAAAUAGCCGCCGGUAUGGCAUACUUGGAAUCGCAGAAUUACAUUCAUCGGGACUUGGCCGCUCGUAACGUUCUCGUGGCAGACGGAAACGUCGUUAAAAUCGCGGACUUUGGCUUAGCCAGGCUCAUCAAGGAGGACGAGUACGAGGCGAGAAUAGGAGCGCGCUUCCCUAUCAAGUGGACUGCGCCCGAAGCUGCGAACUACAGCAAAUUCAGUAUUAAAUCCGAUGUAUGGUCAUUCGGUAUUCUCCUUACUGAAUUGGUCACGUAUGGUAGGAUACCUUAUCCAGGUAUGACGAACGCCGAAGUUCUGCAUCAAGUAGAGCACGGCUAUAGGAUGCCGUGUCCACCCGGUUGUCCCGACACUCUCUACAAUAUCAUGCUGGAAUGCUGGAACAAAGAUCCCAUGAAGAGACCGACUUUCGAGACGCUUCAGUGGAAGCUCGAGGACUUCUUCACCAUGGAAGGUUCCGAGUAUAAGGAAGCGUCUGCAUACUGAACAGAGGGUUACGACCUUUACGUUACUCCACUGAGAAAUGCGAUGUGUCGUCACAGUUACAUCGAUGCCGGUCAUUACGGGCUUCUCCAUUGAUCUAUUUGUGACGCGAGUUUCCAUGAUACUUUUGAGAGAGAGGGAAAGAGCGUACUAUGAGGUAAUACAGCCUUUUUACUCGAAUGACAAUUUGCGUACGAUCGGUAGACGGUAGAACAAUUUUAUUUAAUACUGAACUUUUCUUCCCCUCUCUCGCUCCCAUCUCUAUUUUCUUUUUUUUUUCUUUUCUUGCGUCCUCGUAUCUUCGCACAUUUUGUCCGCCAUAAAGCUCUCGGAGAAGGAUGUUUGUACAUUUUUACAUAUAUGACUUGAUUAACGUACGUUGGCACUCUGAUGGUUUUAUCAGGAGUGGCAAUGAGAUUUUAGAUAUCGUUUUAGACCGCAGUAAGGAUGUAGACGUUAAAUGGCCUUUGUAAAAUCGUUUAUAAGUGUCGGCGUGAGGUAGAUCUUGAUCGUCUGGGUGGUGAUUCCGGAUGACGGGGCCGUGCGCGAUCGGCGACAUAGAGUAGCGAUGUAAUAUAUUCAUGUACAAUAUGAAUUGUACUUGCCGUGUUAGGAUUAUCGUUUACAUACACGUUAUCAUGAAUCGAUAGGGAUGGUUGAUCCCCUGACAACCGCAUUGACGAUGUCAAAGACGAGAAACGACGGACCACGAGUGCACAACUUUAUCAUUCCUUCUUGCUGCUUGAGUAUCACGGACACGACGAAUUCUCGCGAGACGGAUAUACGAAAAUCACUGACUAAAUUAUCUCGCGCAUGACGUGUUUCUGCGUGCAUGUGCGAAGGUCGGAGAUUUAUAACCGGUCCGUCCAACACAAUGUGAAAGAUCGUAUCUUUCCCCGCGGCGAUUGCGACGAAUAACAUUGUAUCUUUUUCUCUGUCCCGUCUAUUUGUCACAGAAUAGCAGAUACUGAUACAAACUGCCAACUAACAUUGUUUAAGCUACAUUUAGUACUCGUAACUUGUGUAAGAUCACUUUUCGAAAGUACACGCGCGCGAGCGAAAGGGAGAAAGAGAGAGAGGGAGAGAAAGAGAGAGAUUGAGACCAUGAAAAACAGUGUUGAGGAUGCAUCAAGCAUGUACAAAUCUGCUAUAAAUGAGAGAUCAGUGUAUCGUCGAAUUUUUGAGUAUUCUGCAAAGAGAACAUAUACAUCACGAAUAUUACGUCAUCUUCGUUAAUCAUUAUUCGGCCACGUUGACAUUAUCGAGUUCGUCAUUUUUAUAUAUUUUUAUAUGUCGUAUCUCUAACGCGCGUUUUAUUACGCUCAUUUACCGCGGCUUUUCACGUUUACGAGUGACUCGAACUUCAGAAUAAUAAUUACGCGUUAAAAACUAAGCGGAUACUAUUAAGUAAACUAUUAUAUGACUAUAAUGAUAAAUCAUGUAAAAUUAUAUAGAUAUUUUAGCAAUAUUUUAAUCCCUUUUACACGCGCGCAAACAUAUGUUGGAAUGUGCCAAAAUCAUCGCCAUUCCUUUCGCCUAUCGAUUCUACAACGAAUUUGGAGUCAAGUUCACCGCAAUAACAAUUUCACUGUAGGGAACAUUCUUCUCAUAAUUUUCGAAAUUAUAUCACAUUAACUCGAUGAUAAAAUUUUAGAAUAACGUUAGCUUAAUAUUGAGAAAAACGACUCCAAUUUCGUCGUAGAACGUACCAUGGUUAAAACAAACCUUAUAAAACACUAUAAAUAUGCGUGUACACACAUUAUAUAUACAAUUGUUAUAUAAUACCAUGUGAAUAUGCAUCUAACUUCCGUUUUGAAGUCUGAGCUGUGUUAAUAGUACCAAAUUAAUAGAAAAUUUUAAAGAUGUGUGCUUAUAAGCAGUACCAUUAAUUGCAUGAUAACUGUUUCCAAUAUCGUGAUAUAUCGCACGCGCACCAUCAACUCUUCUGUUGAAAAUGAAAACAUGAUUUAUUUUGAGUAACUUGUACUUUUUAUGUUAAGAUAAAACAUUUUGUCUUGAAAACAUUUUAAUUUAGUGAAAGGUACGUUAUUUGUAGUAAAAUAUUAAAGCGAGUGAUUAUGCAUUUUUAAAUGGAGAUAUGCACGAAUAUCGCCAAAUUGUAUGUAGGAAAUUAUCGAAAAUUAACAGUUACGGCAACAGUAUGUACUAAGAAAUAAAUAAGAUACAGAAACUACCAAUUAUACAAUAAUAAGAUAUAAUGCAACGAGAUUAAAAGCACAAAAAGAAUGAAAGUUUACUGGAACCACUGCUAACUCUUAUCCAGGCAAGUUCUUUUCUUACAAUUAGAAGGAAAAGUGAUUUCCGUUGGAAUAAUUAUGUAAUAGAAACUUGCGAUAAACGCGAAAUACUAUAGAUGUAUAAAUAAUAAUUGACAAAAUAAACGCAACAGUUUUGUUUACAAAAA